CGGGCGCGGGCAAGUAUUGCCCUUUUGGAAUACAGUUCGGCCGUGGUCUCACUCAAGUAUGCCUUGGAGCUGGUCGACAGUAAACCAAAUUUGCCAAUGCUUAUUCUUGCAGUGAAAGAACUGCGCUUUUACACUCCUACCGUGCGUUUCUCUUUCUUAGGUCUAAUGGAGGUGAACAUCGUACUGGCACUGCAGGACUUGAAGCAGGGUCUGCGAACCACAGGCCUCGAGUACAUUGAGUCGGCUUUGCACCAUGCCGCCAGGUUAGUAAAGCCGUGCGUACUCAUGGUUGACAGGGAUGAGACAUUCGGGGGGGAGGGAUAA